ACACUACCUGCCCAGCACCACACAACAGAAAGGGUUAGACAGUGGAGCUAAACAACCAGAUAUUUUCCUAAUGAAUUAAACCAACACAUAUCUGAAAGGAGAGUUACAAAAGUAAUCCUCCAAAUGAAUGCUGAUGUUGCUUCUUAUCUGCUGGAUGUGUAAAUGGGCAAGGGUCACCUCAAAACUGUUGGCUAACUAAGCACCUUUCAGCAGCAUAUUGCAGGCAAAGCGCAUCCAGGAAAAUAGGCUGGCAGUGGGAAAGUGUUGCUGCAGAAAUGUGGAGAUGAGAUGAGAGAGGCCUGGGAGAUUUUACUCUUCUCCAGUAACUAUUUACUGGGCAGUCCGUGCCUGUGACAUCAGAACCUAGACUAUAUAAAUGAAUGGAGGUUGGUAGCUUUAAUAAAUACAUGUACACUUCUCCAGAGGAGGAGAAGAAGGGAGGGAGCGUGGACAAAGGGAGGAACACAGAAGCAGAGGUGAGGAAGAUGGACAGAAGAGGCACCCAGGUGGUUUGCUCUUUGCUGUUGUGUAUCAUCACUCAGGCGGGGUGCCAACAGUGUACUGGGCCAUGUCGGUGCACGCCCAGCCUGCCACGCUGCCCUGUUGGUGUUCCUGUGAUGUUAGACAGCUGCGGAUGCUGCCAGGUGUGUGCUAGGCAGGAGGGUGAGGCCUGCACCGACCGGCUGCCCUGUGACAGCCACCGAGGGCUCCAGUGCGACUACAGCGCCAGCUUCCCUGGAGGGCCGGGACGGUGUGUCGGUCAGAACGAGCUGGGCUGUGAGAUAAACGGCCGGAGGCUGGAGGAGGGGCAGCUAUUUCAACCUUCCUGUGCCCAGCUCUGCCACUGCCUGGGGGGAGGGGUGACCUGCGUGCCCAUGUGCAGCGAAGAUCUGCACAGGCCCACUGAGAAGUGCCCCAGCCCCCAGCUGGUACAACUGCCAGGGCGCUGCUGCAAAGAGUGGGUGUGUGAUGGCCUGGACAACAGCAUUUCUUCAAAUCCAUCAGCAGCAGAGCAUACGCCUCAGGACUACGGGGGUGGGCUGUCCAGCCCGUUGCUUGGCUCGAUCUCCAACUGUAUUGGGUGGACCUCAGACUGGAGCCCCUGCUCCCACAGCUGUAGCCCAGGUGUCUCCACCCGCACCACAAACCGGAACUGGGCUUGUCGGCUGCAGACUGAGACCAGACUGUGCCAGAUCAGACCGUGCCAGGCUUUGCAGUUGGGCCUCCCAAGACUGCAGCCGGGUUCGGGGGUGUGCGAGAGCAGCUACACUUCACCUGUGUCCAUUCAGCUGGAACAGCAGGGCUGCCGGAGCACCCGAGCCUACCGUCCCAGGUUCUGUACCUUGACCUGUCCGGAGGGACGCUGCUGCAGCCCCUCACACACCAGGACAGUGUGGAUGCUUUUCCGUUGCCCCCAGGGCAGGCUAAGCCAGCAGCAGGUGAUGAAGAUUGAGUCCUGCUCCUGCAGCAUCUCCAACUGCCGCCCAUCUCCGGCCACAGCUGCCCGGAGUGUCCUUCCAUGGCAGUGAGCAUGCAUGGGAAGGUCCCAUCUGAGGAAAGUGACCAAACAUAUACACCUGAUAGUGGAGGUGGUGUUUAAAAAUUAUGAA